GCAGCAUAAACUCCACCUCCGGUUGUCGGCGGGAAGUUCAGAUGUUGUACCCGUUCAGCUACAAUGUAGCAGAUAUUCCGGUGCUCCGACCAACUCAUUCAACACAAAAACCACCUUUUAUGAAGUGUAACAGGACAUCUCUGCAGACAUGUCCGAUAACUCUGAGGAGAAGAGCACUCCUGCUGCCAAAAAGUGCUUCGGACAGUGUACCUACACUGCUGAGGAGUACCAGGCGGUGCACAGUGCUCUGCGGCAGCGGCUAGGACCAGAGUACAUCAGUACCAGAGUGGCCGGAGGAGGACAGAGGGUGUGCUACAUUGAAGGGCAUCGUGUAAUCGGCCUGGCCAACGAGAUGUUUGGAUACAACGGAUGGUCUCACUCCAUCUCGCAGCAGAACGUCGACUUUGUAGACCUCAUCAACGGGAAGUUUUAUGUCGGAGUCAGUGCGUUUGUCAAAGUCCAGCUGAAGGACGGAUCGUUUCAUGAGGAUGUAGGAUAUGGAGUCAGUGAGGGACUGAAGUCUAAAGCUUUGUCACUGGAAAAAGCGAGAAAAGAAGCUGUCACUGACGGCAUGAAGAGAGCACUGAAAUGCUUCGGUAAUGCUCUUGGAAACUGCAUCCUGGAUAAAGAAUACCUCCUAGCAAUUAACAAGAUCCCCAAACAGCCUCCUCCUCCUCUAGACCCGGCUCGGACUAAACGCUCCGAGGGUGAGCCCUUAGUGGAGAAGGCCCGUUUCUCUAGUCUGGUCCGAGAGGAAAAGCUUGCGUCUGCGGUGGGUCCCGCCAGGAUGCCACUGGAGCCGCGAGUCCUCAACCAGAACCAGAACCAGAACCAGGAGCAGAGUUGUUCAGAGGUUCACACUCCUAAUGUUGGCUCUGCAACCGACAGGAGUGAGAACGUCUGCUCCAGACCUGCGAUGGACUCGGUGGACGUUGUUGGGUCUGAGACACACUCGGACCCCAAACAGCUGAGAAAACUCCGACAGCAGCAGCUACAACAGAAGUUCAGGAGAGAGAUGGAGGCCAAGAAGCUGCAACAGAAACAGGAUCAAACGAAGACCGAGGAUGCAGAGAUCGCUAUUGGACAAGGAUCCAGUGGAGGUCAUGAUGGUGUACCUGCGUUCAGUGACAGCGCCGCGGCUGCACACAGGAAGCCCUGCAGCAGGGACGAGCAUUUAGCAGAUGAUCCGGAGCUCUGGGAUUUCACCCUGGAUGGGAUUGAGGAGUUGGAUGUCCCCGCAGACGGAACGCCCUCUAGAGGGCUCAGACCCAGCACACCCGGGAAUCAUCAGAUGCAGACGCGCAGUAAGACCCCACAAAGAGCCCCCGGUAGACCUCCAGAUGAGGCCUCGUGGCACAGCAGAGGACAGGACCAGACUCAGCACAGACCUCAACAACAGAACCACAAUCAGGCGAAACCUGGUGAAACCUUCAGUCCAUACAGACAAGGACAGCUCAUGAAGAAACGCAGACUGGACACUUGAACUUUUACAUCCUCAACACUUUAUAGAAUCCAGCCACAUGGUUUAACUCUGUUUUAUAUUUAUUUCAGUGUAAAUAAAUUCAUUAGUUCAUGUUGUGUGUUUCUGCACAA